GUAAAAUUAAACGAGUCAUUAAAGCUCCCCGCUUCUCUGCUUUAUAAAUCUACAAAUCUCAUGAAUAUAAGCCUAAAUGCUCCAGAGCUGCCUCCUGCCCCAAGUCCACAACCUGAGUUUCACCUCUCUACCUCAAAACACAGAAAAAAUGGUCUCUCUUGAACCUCUUCAGGAAACCCCCAAAUCUAUUGAUGCUCCUUCCAGCCCUCGAAUCUCUUUCUCAGCAGAGUUCCUAGAUGAAAAGAACUUCAUCUCCAUUAGUCCACGCUCCGAGGAUGAGAAAGAUCAAGAGAAGCAACGUGAAAGAGCAAGGAGUGCAGAAUUUGAGUUCCUCUCAAGCAAUGCUAGUAACAAUACCAUGACGUCUGCUGAUAAGCUUUUCUUUGAAGGAAAGCUCCUUCCUUUUUGGCAGAUGCAGCACUUAGAGAAACUGAGCAAGAUCAGUCUGAAAGCCAAAGACGGAGAAGAAGGGGAAGAGGAAAACAAGGAGGAAAGUAGAGUGAAUUGGUUUGUUGAUGAUGACCCAUCUCCAAGGCCACCAAAGUGCACAGUUUUGUGGAAAGAGUUGUUGAGGUUGAAAAAGCAACGUGCUUCCUCUUUAUCACCCUCUUCUUCCUCCUCGUCUUCUUCUUCUUCUUCCAGUUCCUUUGCUGAUAUUGCUGCAAAAGAAGAAGCAAAAGGAGCAAGGAAUGGAGAGAAGCAUACGAAGAGGAUAAAAAAGGGAUUAGAGAGGACAAGAUCAGCUACUAUUAGAAUUAGACCGAUGAUUAACGUGCCAAUUUGCACUCAGGUGAAAAGCAGUGCCUUGCCGCCUCUGUUUCCACCUAAGAAGGGAAGAUUAGAGAGGUGAAGAUAAGAAACGUGGUGGAACUCAGGUUUAGUUUGAUCUUCAGAAUUCUCAAAUAAGUUUAUUUCGCUCAUUUCUUUUAUUUAUUCCUACAAAUUAUGCUUUCAUGAUAGUUUAGUGUUGAUUGAGGUGGAUCUGUGACA